AUCCUCCCCCAGAGACCAAGAAAACGCAUGAGGGGCCUCGGCCUCCGUUUAAAUAAAUGCGAAAAAGCAUCGUUUAGAUUCCCGGGACGGACGCUUCGCUCUCCUUCCCCUCCCCUUCCUUCUCGUUCCAUGGUCCUUCCCGCUUUCGAUAGGGUUCUCCGUCUCGAUCGACCCGGGUUUUGAUCGCCAACGCUUGGCUGAUAACUAUCAGGGAUGACUUUCCAGUCUGUUUUUGGUUCACUGCAGGAGGUUUUCCCGCAAAUUGAUCUUCGUAUACUAAAGGCUGCUGCCAUUGAACAUGCUGAGGAUGUUGAUGCUGCAGUAGAAUUUAUUCUUACAGAUGUUUUACCAAAUGAAAUGGAAGAUUUAUCUGCUGAAGUUGGUCCAGGCAAGCAGGCUGUUCCAGUGGAACUUGAGGAAGUUGACGAAGUUAAUAUGACUCUGUUUACAGAAGGAGAUUUAGUAAGACGUAAAAGAGAUUCUGCUCAUCAUACUUCUGCUGAUGUCAAUUCAUCAGGCAUGGUUGAAGCAGUUGAUGAUGGUUCACAAAUUGGAUAUGCAGGUGAUCCAAAGGAGCCUGGUUUUUUCAUGCCUCAUUAUGAAUCUUUUGAUGCAAACCUUUAUCCAAGUCCACAUUCAUUACCAAAUUUGGUGGAUAAUAUAACUGGUGUAACUUCUGAUCUGAAAAAUGGUGCUCUUCAUGUUGACAACUUCCUGUAUAAAACAAUGGUUGAUGGUGGCCUUUCUGAUGUCCAUGAUGAAAAUAACUCUGACCAGUUAACCUCCAAUGCCAACCUUGAACAAGAUUCUUUAGGUGAACACUUACAGUUUUGUGUGAAAGUAGCAGAAAAUGUGAACGAUGACGGGCUAAAUGCUGAAAAAAUUAUUGCACUUGUUGAUACCAAUGAUAAGAAUCCUUCAUCAGCAAAUGUUGAAAAAAAUCUAGAUCUAAUGGAGUAUGGAGCUGCUGUAGAAGUUGAUAUCAACCAUUAUAUAAGUGAAUCUGAAGUGCAGCAGUCCCAAUGUUCAGUUGAACCUGCUAGGAGCCUGGAUCUAUAUGGAUUAGAACCUAAUGAUACUGCUUCAUCUACUUUUAUCUCUGGCCAAGAUAUCUUGCCAACAGUUUGUGACAAAAGCUCUGAUUCUAUGGACUAUGGAGCUGAAGUACAGAAGGGUACUGGUAAUACUAGUAGUGAAUAUGAACAACAGCAGUCAAGGUGUGUAUCCAAGAAUGGUGCUUUAUUAGCUGUUGAGAGUCAGCUGCCUUCUGCUGAUGACAACCACCGACCAUCCACUUUAGCUACUCGAUCAGGUCAUCUUGUUAGCAUUGAGUUUCUGGAAGAAUUCAUUACUGAUGCCAAAAGCAACAAGAAAAACUUACUGUCUGCCAAGGAGUUGGUAACUAAUUUGAUGAAAGAGAUAGAGUUUCUUGAGGAGAGGGCCAAACAGACCAAAGAGGAGGCUUUGACUUCCAGUCAAGAUAUUCUUCUCAAGGUGGAGGAACUCAAGCAGAUGUUGAAACAUGCAAAGGAAGCAAAUGACAUGCAUGCAGGAGAAGUUUAUGGUGAAAAGGCUAUAUUGGCAACUGAAGCUCGGGAGCUUCAAUCCCGGCUUCUCAGUUUGUCAGAUGAACGGAGUAAAUCUCUUUCAGUCAUUGAGGAGGCACUCAGAGCCUGGAAGUUGCUUGGCCUUUUACAUUCUGUCUUCGAGAUGCAAUUUAUGCUGUUCUCUUUUUGCCACCUUUAUGCAUGAUCAAGUAUCUUUCUCAAACACCAUUGUGCAUCCUCAUCAUAAGAUGUAAUUUCUCAAACCUUUGUAAAGUAUCAUAAUGUUGUCAAAUUAUUCCUUGUCUUCAUUGUCAUAUGCAAAAAAGCAGUUGUUUUGAUAUGAUAAUGGUUUAAUAUGAUGUUUACUUAAAGUCUAUCUUUGUUAAGAUCUAAUUAGAUCUAAAGUUAAAACUACAAAUUGGCAGAAGUGAAUCUGAGAAAACCGGAGAGACUCUGAGACCAAUUCUUACUGUCUAAUUGAAUCAUCCAUAGACCAUAUAAAACAUCGUUUCUAAAUAUAUUUGCUAUGGGUGUCUAACUUAGGUCCUAAGUAAUAUACAGGACUUUUGUAAGACAACCUGUUUUUGAUAAUUGAUUAAACCGAAAUAAAUUGGUUAAUUUACUCCUAAACCAUGUUAUUCUGGAAUAAACUUCUCCGCUCUCUGUGGUGGAAUUGUUUACUUCAGGUUAGGUGGGAAAAGGUAGCUGUGGGUUGAAGUGAAAUAAGUGGAUUAAAGGGGCUUCUGUUCUAUUUAACCCUCCUUUUUUCCACAAACCGAAUGCAACUAAAAUGAGUUUUGGAAAUACAAAAUAAAUAAUUGUUAUAAAUUAUAGCUUUUGGAAAUGUUUCUUUAUUCUAUUUAACCCUCCUUAUGUCUAUUAUUGUAUAGUAGGCCCUUGAUAACUUGAUAUGUCUUCUCCCAGAAUGCAUACCAAGGCUCAAGAAAGAGACCUGUUUCAUUAAUCAUUACAGUAUGCUAUGUCAUUUCCAAUUGAUCUAUGGUGCUACUAUUCAUUUAUGGCACCAUUUAUAUGAUAAUGGGCACAAAGCCCUUCCCUGCCUCCUCUCUCUCUCUCUCUCUCUCUCUCUCUAUCUCUAUCUCUAUCUCACUCUCUCAUGUGUGCACCCAGAGAUGCACACCGAAGUGGUUGAAAGCAUCACAGCAGAUACUUCUAUGGGAACAUGUUAGUUGGUACGUCUACUAGUACAAUCUCAUCUGGUUCAUCUUUUCAUGUACUUCCAUGUGUAACAGUAGUCUCUGUGGCCUCUUUGGCCCUUCUUGCUAACCAAUUUUCCACUUUCUUGGUUUCCCAUGUAUAUGUACCAUUUGAAAGUUUUGAGACCACUAUUUUUGAUGAUGUUUUGCAUGUACGGGGAACAAAUACAUCGAUAAGCUACUCCUGUUUUAUAUAUUACUUAUUUCCUGCAAGAAUUUUUUCAUACAUAGCUUGCUAGCAUUCCCCCUCCCCUCCCCCCUCUUCUGUUUUUGAGUAGUAAUAACUUUCACAGUUUGAUUACUUUUAUUCCUUAUCAUGAAACCCUUUGUAGCACUUCUGUAUUGGGAUCUAAUGCACAUCUGGAAUUUGUUUUAACCAUCUGUUCUCCUUUGCUAUCCAUUCGGUACAGUGUUGUGUGGUCCUAGUUCCAACUUCCACUGGUCAUGAGUUCGAGUGUAAGUGGUAUGCUCAUACCACACUUACCUUAUGAGUUGCAUGUAAUUACUCUUUAACAACAUGAGAGUUCUGAACACUCCAGGGCACAUCAAGGUGUUCAUGCCCGCAUAGCAUCUUGUGUUGUUUAUCUAAUGUUGUCUCUUCUUUUCUACUUCUUUCUUGGCUGAAUUCUCAUAGUGUGAAUAUUAUCUCUGGUGUCAGAUAAUAUUUUAAGCUUUUAUUAGCCAAUAUCUCAAAGAAGGUGCUUAUUUCUAUUCUCUCAGAUGGUUUUCAACCUUUGCUUCAAAUAUUGACUUUAAAUGUCUCCAUCAAGAAGAAUUUGUUAUGUUAUUUUUUUAUUUGAUGUUACACAAUUUGAAUACUAAUGGUUAACAAACAAAUCCUAACUUCCAGAAGUUUGAAUUUUUGCAUAUUGUUUUUUAUGUUAACACUCGUGUCUUUUUCAAGUUAAAAUUAACCUAGAGAUGCAAAAUGUUGUUCACC